AAUAUACUUGUCUCAAUGUCUUUAGAGUAGUUUCUAAAGAGAGGCUCCGCCAUUUCUCAGCGCUCCGCCAUGAAAAGUCUCUCGAUUUCUCUAAUCCGUCGCCUCCAAUUCCACAAAUUCAAACCAAUCCCACCUCUACUCCGCCUAAACCACAUCUCCGACACUGCUUCCUCUUCCUCCUCCUCCUCUUCUCUCCUCUCCUCAUCACGAACAAUCUUCACUCACUCCAAACUCUAUCCCCCGAUCGUCAACAACCACCACUUCUGGGACAAGAACAACAACCCAUGCCGAAACCUAAACACCCACGCCGACGAACCUCCGCCGGCGGAGGAGGCAAUAAUAGACCAAGAGAAACUCGAUCUCGAGGAAGCCUUCGAGUCAGCGACCACCACCGAGGACAUGGUCCGUCUCUUCAAGCAGAUGGAGCUCUCCUUCCAAGGAAACGAGCUAGGCUUAUCCGCUCUCAAACUAGGUCUCCACCUCGACCGAGAAGGCGACGAUCCCGAAACGGUCCUCUCUUACGCCGAGAAAGCCCUCAGAUCGUUCGACGUAGCAACCGGAGAUAACAAACCGACUCUCCUUACCGCCAUGGCUUUGCAGCUAAUGGGAUCCGCUAAUUACGGUUUAAAACGGUUUAGCGACGGUUUGGGUUAUUUAAACAGAGCGAACCGGAUUCUCGUUAAAUUAGAGAAGGAUAACGACUGUAAUCCGGAGGACGUUAGGCCGGUUCUCCACGCGGUACAGCUGGAGCUAGCGAACGUGAAGAACGCGAUGGGGAGGAGAGAGGAAGCGAUCGAGAAUCUAAAGAAGAGUCUCGAGAUCAAAGAGGUGACUUUCGAGGAAGGGAGCAAAGAGAUCGCCGCCGUGUACAGGAGCUUAGCUGAUGCUUACGUGGCGGUUUUGAAUUUCGACGAGGCGUUGCCUUACGCGCUAAAGGCGGUUGAGAUACACAAGAAGGAGCUUGGGAGCAACUCUGCUGAGGUGGCGAAUGGUAGGAGAGUUCUCGGUGUGAUCUACAGUGGUUUGGAGAUGCAUGACAAGGCCUUGGAGCAGAACAGGCUUGCGAGGAGGGUGUUGAAGAAUUGGGGGAUGAAGGUUGAGCUUGUUCGCGCGGAGAUAGACGCUGCGAAUAUGAAGGUCGCGUUGGGGAAGUACGAUGAGGCUAUAGAGGUGUUGAGAGGGGUUGUUGAGGAGACGGAGGAGGGUAGUGAGAUGAGGGGGAUGGUGUUUAUAUCCAUGUCGAAAGCGCUUGUGAACCAGCAGAAGUUUGCUGAGGCCAAGAAGUGUCUUGAGCUCGCUUGUGAGAUCUUGGAGAAGAAGGAAGGUUCUUCCUCUUCUUCUUCCCUUGUUGAAGUGGCUGAAGCCUACUCUGAGGUGGCGAUGCAGUACGAGUCGAUGAACGAGUUCGAGAUAGCGAUAUCGUUGUUGCAGAGAACUUUAAGUAUAUUAGAGAAGCUUCCUCAGGAGCAGCACUCGGAAGGGAGCGUUGCGGCGAGGAUCGGUUGGUUGCUUUUGUUCUCAGGGAGAGUCUCUCAGGCGGUGCCUUAUUUGGAAAGCGCGGCGGAGAGGUUGAAGGAGAGCUUCGGUGCUAAACAUUUUGGAGUUGGGUAUGUUUAUAACAAUCUCGGCGCGGCUUAUUUGGAAUUGGGGAGGCCUCAGUCCGCUGCGCAGAUGUUUGCUGUUGCGAAAGACAUUAUGGAUGUUUCGCUUGGUCCGAACCAUGUUGAUUCGAUCGAUGCUUGUCAGAAUCUCUCCAAGGCUUAUGCCGGGAUGGGGAACUAUAGCCUUGCAGUGGAGUUUCAGCAGCAGGUAAUCAAAGCUUGGGAUAAUCAUGGAGAUAGCGCGAAAGAUGAAAUGAAAGAAGCGAAAAAGCUUUUUGAGGAAUUGCGUUUGAAGGCUCGUGGUGGUGGUGUUUCAACGGAUAAGGUUUCUACGAAGGCGUUACCUUUGCCUAAGAAGUGAGCUUUGUGAGUUUAUUUUUUUUAAACCUAAGAUAUUGAGCUUUGAAGGCUCUUUUGUUACGAAAAGACACGAAGAGAGGGGAUGUUUCAUAAUCUAUAACACUAGCUCCAUCUU